AUGGAUUUCUGUCGUGUAGAGAUUGAGAGACAGGAGCGGCAACAAGGAGCAGCUAUCCUGUGCCAGUGGGACAUUUCCGUCAGGCCUACACACGUGGGACCAUGCAGCGGUCACACGUGGGCCCACACUCAUGUGAGUAAUGCGCAGGGGCAGCUGCAGAGCAGGGGCAGAGUUGCAGUCAUAAUAAGAGCAGACUCCGUCAGACAGACAGGGUGCACAGAGAAGAGAGAGAAAUAG